CUCAUCAGGCCAGCUCCAUGCCGAUUGGGGCCUUUCAUGCUCUUCGGCGCUUAGCUGUCCGCCGAGCGCCUUAAUGCGGCCCCUGCUUCGUCGCCUCUCCCGCUUUUAGUCAGGCCCUGCGAGAAGGAGUAAAUAUGACCGAGAAAGCUUCCGGGUGGAAAAGAAAACAAAACAAAAACCCUACAAGGCUUCACCAGUCGGCGCUUUUCUACCCACCGUUGGCCCUCAAGAGAGGAAGGCGGGCCCGUCUGACGUCUUAGUCCGCUGCCAUCCGAGUAGGACGGCUCAGGUCCCCGCGAACUGCUGCACGUGGCUUCUUGAUGGCAACUUGGAAAGUGGCCGUAGGAGCAAUAGAGCGGCUAUGAAGAGGCCUAACAUUUUACUCACAGGGACACCUGGUGUUGGGAAAACUACACUAGGCAAAGAGAUAGCCCUGAGAACAGAUUUUACAUACAUUAAUGUGGGGGAUAUGGCUAAAGAAGGGGAACUGUAUGAAGGUUUUGAUGAAGAAUACGAAUGCCCAAUAUUAGAUGAAGACAGAGUUAUUGAUGAAAUGGAAGAUAAGAUGAAGGAUGGAGGUGUCAUAGUUGAUUAUCAUAGCUGUGACUUCUUUCCUGAACGCUGGUUUAACAUAGUAUUUGUGCUUCGCACUGAAAACUCUUUUUUGUACAACAGAUUAGAAAACAGAGGUUACAAAGGAAAAAAGCUUCAAGACAAUAUUCAGUGUGAAAUCUUUCAGACAAUUUAUGAAGAAGCUAUGUCAUCCUAUAAAGAAGAAAUUGUACAUCAGUUGUCUAGUAAUACUCCAGAAGAUAUGGAGCGGAAUUUAGAUCAAAUUAUACAGUGGGUUGAACAGUGGAUAAAAGACAACAACUGAUUUUUGAAAAAAUCAUAUUUUAGUGAUAAAUAGAAGUUGUUCUAAUAGUUCCUUCAUUCAAGGUGAAAAUUAACGAGGCCACUGAAUUUUCUAUUUUAUGCUGUGUUCUUUAGAAUCUAUGAAAGCAGGUAUCAGACAUUAAAGGGUUAAAAAUUUAACCCUUUAAGAAUUUAAAAAAAUCUAAAUUUAAAGAAUUUAAAUUUAAAAAUCUGAAAUUAUACUAAAUUGGGUGUCCAAUAUCCAAUAAUAAAAAUAUUUGAAAAGAUGAAAAAUAAUAGUUCCCUGUUAAUAUGGCUGCCAAAAUCUUAUUUGUAUACAAAGUUUUAUUAAUGCAGUGGAUCUUCUGUAAUUCAGUUCUAAAUGUGGGACCAUGCAAUUUAAUAUAUGAACAUAAUUUUAGUUAUUAAUUUAUUAACAUGCUGUAAAUACCCUGGCAAAUUUGUAUCUGUAUAUUUGUUAUUUAUAAGAUUUGUUGCUGUUUAGUUAAACUACUUUUUACUCAGCUUUUGUUCAGUUUAGAAGGCAUCCUCUAAACUCAUGAACUCAUCUCUCUCUGAAUAAAUGCUGAUGGCAUUUUGCAAGAUUUUUGAAACAAGUAAAUAGGUUACAUGUGGCCAUGACUACAGUGAUCCAAGAACCGUCUGAUUCUAUUGCUUGUAUCAUAUCAUAUAGCGUGGUUCAUAAUAAAUAUUACCAGAAUUUAUUAUCCUAUUUUUUUCUAAAUAUUCAGUAACUUAAUAAAAAGUGAAGUUAUAGUGAAAAGACAAGAACAGUGCAGAAAGUGAAUUUUUUCAUGUAAAAAAUGCCUAUAUAAGGUACUUAAAGUAUAUACAUUUUUCUUAGCAGCUCCCAAAUUUGAUAUUAAAUAUAUCGAUAAAUUAUGACUUUAGUCCUAAUCAUAUAUCAUUGGAUUUCAUCCAGAAGAUCAUAUUCAGAUUCUCUUCUCUUUCCCAUGCAAGAUCCAAAGGAGAGUUUGAUUGUGUAGGAGGAGUUUGGGGAUAUAGACUCUUAUGCCUCUUGUACUAUUAAUGAAAUGACUUGAUUAGAAGCACAAUUGCCUUCAGUUUUCUAUUUUGGUUACAGUCUGAAAAUGAUUACCAAUCCCAUUAAAUUUAAUCAACAUGAGAUGGAUUUAAAAUAGGGUCACACAUAUUUCCUUCUCCAUUCCUGAACUGGAUCAAUAAUAUUUCUUUACAGUAUUCUUAUAGUGUAGGUAGUCGUCAUUUAGCUACUGCAGUUAUGAUUAUGAUUAAACAGUAACCACGACCAGUUCUUAUACUUACAACCUUCACAGGUCUAUAAAUCAAACCAAAGCUGAAGUAAGAUGAUAAGCAUAGUAGUAGUUUCACUUUUGACUGUUUCACUUAAUGACUGAGUUGUUGAUUCCAAUUGUGAUCGCUAAAUGAAUACUACCUGAAAAAAUAUUUUUCAAAGUCUCAUAAAGAAGCAUAAAUUGCCUAGUGUAUUGCUGUACUUCAUUUGUCUGAAACAAGUUCUCAGACAAAGUUACCAUUAAUUAAACAUUAAAUAUUUUUAGAUUGCAACUGAACUGAUUGAAAAUAGUCACUUCUGUUAGGUGUUGUGUUCAUGCUAUCUGAAAGGCAGAUGCUUGGCCAAUUAAUUGCAAGAUUUAAUUUACCUUCUGUAUAUUAAGCAUAGUGAUUCUUGGAACCUUGGCUUUGAUUAUUACAAAUAUUGCAGUAUUUAGCAAAUAAUGUUUUGAGCAGUCGACAAUUUGGAUCAUGCUUUUGUUAUUUGGUACUGUAUUAUAUAGAUUAUUUUCAAAAUAAUUCUUACAUUCUUUCGUAUUACUUUUUUCUGUAUGUAAUUAACAAAGAUUUAAAUAUGUUUUUUGAAAAUAAAGACACAAAAGGCAAA